UUCUCUCUUUUGCCCCCACCUUCAUGAACGGACCCUUCCUCGGAGUAACAGACGAGAGUGGGGAGAAGCGGGAAGGUGGUGGGAAAUAUUUAGGCUUAUUCAUCCCAGUCCCCCUCCCAAAAUUUUCUGGUGUAUUAGAAAACUACUCUGAUGCUCCAAUGACACCAAAACAGAUUCUGCAAGUCAUCGAAGCUGAAGGAUUAAAGGAAAUGAGGAAUAUACAGCUGUGAGAGUUGGACUAUAAGGAAAGCUGAGUACCGCAGAAUCGACAUUUUCAGAUUGUGUUGCUGGGGAAGACUUUUGAGAGUCCCUUGGACAUGGGACAUCCCCCUUGGCUUGCCUCAAUGCUAUGCUUCAUUCCAAUUCUCGAGGUGGUGAGGGACUCUUUUACAAACUUCCUGGACGAAUCAGCCUUUUCACACUCAAGAAGGAUGCCCUGCAGUGGUCUAGAAAUCCAUCUGUGCCUGAGGGAGAAGAGCUGGAGGAUACAGCAGAUGUAGAAAGCUGUGGAUCCAAUGAAGCCAGCACUGUGAGUGGUGAUAAUGAUGUAUCUCUUGAUGAAACCUCUUCCAAUGCCUCCUGUUCUACAGAGUCUCAAGGUAGAACUAUCUCUACUCCCAGGGAGACAUACAGAGCUGCUUCACAGACAAGCAAACCGAAGAAAAAGACUGGGGUGAUGCUACCUCGAGUUGUCCUGACCCCUCUGAAAGUAAAUGGUGCACACAUGGAAUCUGCAUCAGGAUUUUCUGGACGGCAUGCUGAUGGAGAGAGCAGUAGCACAUCUAGCAGCAGUUGUAGCUCCCUGGCUCUGUGUAGCACUGCCAUUCGAAAUCGGGUGGAAAUUACCCGUGACCCUCCCCAGAUUUUACGAGGUAUCCGGAAACCAGCAACAGGGCAAAUGAAACGCAACAGAGGGGAAGAGAUAGAUUUUGAGACACCUGGUUCUAUCCUUGUCAACACAAAUCUUCGUGCCCUGAUAAAUUCUCGAACCUUCAAUGCCCUUCCUUCACAUUUCCAGCAACAACUUCUCUUCCUCCUGCCUGAGGUGGACAGACAGGUUGGGACAGAUGGCCUAAUGCGACUCAGCAGCAGUGCUCUGAAUAAUGAGUUUUUCACCCAUGCGGCUCAGAGUUGGCGGGAACGCUUGGCUGAUGGUGAAUUCACUCAUGAGAUGCAAGUCAGAAUACGACAGGAAAUGGAGAAAGAAAAGAAGAUAGAACAAUGGAAAGAAAAAUUCUUUGAAGAUUACUAUGGACAAAAGUUGGGUUUGACCAGAGAAGAGGCCCUGCAGCAGAAUUCUAGCCAGGAAGAAGCUGAACUCAAGGGUGGCAUGUGCGUUCCAGGGGAAGCAGCGCGACCGCAACGUAGUCCUGCUACACGUCAGCGGGAUGGCCACUUCAAGAAACGUUCUAGGCCAGACCUUCGCUGCAGAGCCAGAAGAAGUCUGUAUAAGAAACAUGAACCUGAACAAACAGAAACCACUAAAGAGACAACACCUGUGGUAGCGGAUUCUUCCCUUUAUAAAGAAGAAAAGGCUGAAACAGAUUUGACAGAAGGAAGCGGUCCAUGUCUGCCUGGUGUGUCCUCCGUGGAAUUAAAACCAGAUGUCCCAGAAACACCAAUUGUGACCAUGACUGCCAGGAUCCAAAACAGUUCAGAGGUCCUGGCCUUAGCCUCUACUUCUCUCAGCAGAAUUCCUAGCUUGCCCCAGGAGAAUACUGACCAGGAGGCAAAGGACCAGAAACGGAAGUCCUUCGAGCAGGCAGCCGCUUCCUCCUUUCCCGAAAAGAAGCCCCGGCUUGAAGAUCGUCAGUCCUUUCGUAACACAAUUGAAAGUGUUCACCCCGAAAAGCCGCAGCCUACUAAAGAGGAGCCCAAAGUCCCGCCCAUCCGGAUUCAACUUUCACGUAUCAAACCGCCCUGGGUGGUUAAAGGUCAGCCCGCUUACCAGAUAUGCCCCCGCAUUGUCCCCAACACAGAACACUCCAGCCGGGGCAGAACUGGUGCCAGAACUCUCGCAGACAUUAAGGCCCGCGCUCUGCAAGCCCGAGCCCAGAGAGAAGCUGCCACAGCCUCCAUUGGAGGUGGGGGUGGGCCAGGGGGAGGUGGUGGAGGGAACACCGAUGAAGGAGGCGGUGGAGGUGAGGCUAGUGACCAUCCCGAGCACAGGGGAGCCAAGAGGACUCACGGAAGGUGUGCGCCAAAUAUACAACGAACACAACUAUUGCCGCCUGGUCAUGUCAUAGAUGGGGAACAAGCCGUGUUAGAGACUCCUGAAGGCGACUGGCUGCUGUCUGAGAAAGACAACUUGUCCUCUCCUCCCAUGGGAGAAGAAGGCUGCAUGUUUCAGAGAAUUGCUGGCAUUCUCACAAGUGAGUCAGAAGAGGCUCUGCCACCUCUCACUGUUGUUUCUCAUGACCAGCCAAAUGAUGCUGUGGUGCAGUCAUCUUCCGACACCCUAGUUCAAGACAGGUUGAAUGAGAAGCCUGAUUUGCCUACUGAUGUAAGGACUGAACAUGAGUCUUGUGCCACUUCUCAGAAAGGGAAGAGUGACGAACAGGGACAGACAGUUGUCUCAGAGAAUGAUUCUAUUCAGUCUCAGGUAGGAGAAGUUGUCUUAGAAAAGGCUGACCAGGCCCAAAGUUUGGACUCUAAUUCCACUGUGAAGGACUCUAUACAUUCAUUGGUACCCAGUCUAAUCCCUGAUUUGUUAUUGGAUGAAAGGCAGCAAGAUGGACUGUUGAAUGAGGUAGGACUUAAUGACCCAAAUCCACCCACAAAGGAAAGCAGCGCUGGCCAAGAGAACUCGAAAGAUGAAGAAGCUCUUGUUGCUGACAGUGUAACUUCUUGGUUAUCUGACUCAUCCAAUGUCCAGACAGUACAACAGCAAGAGCUGGACUCUAGGGAAAGCACCUCAACUAUUGAACUGCACAAUGGAAGUGACCCAGAGAAAAAGGUUACUUCUCAAACAUUGGAUUUACUCAGUUGCCACCCUGCAACCCGAGAUAGCAUUAAUCCUUCUGAUAAUCUUCCUCAACUUUGGGAACUCUCAACACAAGGAGAUAUGGAUAAUGUCUGUAAACAGAUUGAAGAAGUUCAAACACUUAAAAUUAAUGGAGAUUGUGAAGCACUGAGUACUCACAGUGAGUCAACAGACACGGCCUCUGACUUGGAAGCUGAGCUAACAGAAGACAGUGCAGAGACAGAUCCAGAUCCGGGCCUCCAACCCAGUGCUGGGCAAGCUGCUGUUGGACAAGAAUCUUCGUUUGUGAGCGUGGCUGAGAAACGUGAUUGGAAUCAAUCUGACUCUUCUUUAAAUACUAACGGAGAGCCGUGCAAGGCAGACUUGCUUUCAGUAACUGCAGUGGACAAAGGGCUUGAGCUUCAAAGCUGGGUGUCUCAUGUAUCUGUUCCUCUGGAGCCCACUGAGUCUUUACCACAAGUCAGUUCCGAAAAACAACCAGGGUCUCCAUGCCUUGCCCAUACGAUGCCAUCAGCCGAGGCCAAUAAUCCACUGGUGAUGCAGUUGCUACAGGGCGACUUGACCUUGGAGAAGGUACUGCCAGCAGCACAUGAUACUACCAAAUUGGAAGCUACACAGCCAUUAUCUGAAAACAUGGAGCAGAGUAGCAAUGGUUCUUUUGGAGAAUCUGCUCACGAUCCUGAGACAGAUGGAAAUGUUGCCGGGAGAAAUAGCUCUAUCUCUAGUCCCCCAAGGGCUUUAAGGGAUCUGCUUCCACAGGAAUGCCAUAAUCCUGGGGCAGUGUUUCCUAAGCCCAAGAGUAUGCAGGCUGUCCCUAACACUCCCCCAAAGAUCUCCAAGGUUAUCCCUGAUGCAGGCUCCCCACAGCCAUCGGCAAACCUGGUAGGAUCUUCUGGGAAAGUGGAAGAAAUGGAGUCCAAAGAAAAAUUCUCUUCCUGCAGUUUUGAAGAGCAAAAAGAGUUGACUGUAUCCCCCAGCCUGCCACAACACAAUAAUGUAGAUUCAGCCCUGGGUAAAAGUCCAGGAAAGCAAACUACCACGAGGAUACCUCGGUUCUUGUCUCCAAAUGUGAUCUCCAUUGGUCCCAAUCAAAUCUCUGGGGCCCCAGUGGACAAAACCUAUGUUGGUGGACAAGGGAAAAAGCUUUUUGGCUCUGGAUUCCUUGGGAACACAGCUGUGGCCCUGAAUCAUUCCAGGUCAGUGGAACCCCUGCCUCCCAACAUCCCUAACGUGGAGCCAGCUUUUCCUAGUAAGAAACCAGGAUUAAGCAAAAGCAUAGUAUCUGGAGGAGGAGGAGAAGAUGGAGGAGGAGUCCAGACAUCAAGAGCCGAAUGGUCCUCAAAGCAACCCCCCAGCUCUUUUAACAGCAUCAAGAAUGAGAACGUGUUGGCCUGUGGGGGUGGCCCUCCCAAGAGUAAUGCAGAGAACAAGAAAGCCAUUGGCCACAAACCUUUUGAACUCAUGGAGCAUUUUCAAGGGAUGCCCCUUGUCAUGGAUUUGCCAUUCUUCAAGCUCCCCAGAGAACCUGGAAAAGGGCUCAAUCAACCAUUAGAACCUUCUUCCAUCCCCUCCCAGCUCAAUAUCAAGCAGGCAUUUUAUGGGAAGCUUUCUAAGCUGCAGUUGAAUUCUGCCAGUUUUAAUUAUUCAUCUAGCACACCGGCCUUUCCCAGAAGCCUAGCUGGGAGUGUGAUGCAGCUUAGCCACAAAGCAAACUUUACUGCAAACCACAGUGCAUCACUCUCUGUGCAAAUGUUCACCGAUAGCAGCAACAUGGAAGAAAUCUCACUCAAAUGCUCCUGUAGCCUAAAAGCUAUGAUUAUGUGUAAAGGAUGUGGGGCAUUUUGUCACGAUGACUGUAUAGGACCCUCAAAGCUUUGUGUAUUGUGCCUUGUGGUGAGAUAAUAAAUUAUGGCCAUGGGAAAAAAAAUGUAUAUUUAGUGUGUGUAUUUUGAUAAUGAUCUGAAAUCUGUACACAAGAAAAUAUUAUUUGUUAUAAUAGAGACAAUAUUACACUGAGCAGGAACCACGCCUGUUUUCCCUCCCCCCAAGUCUACAACACUCAAGUCUUCUGUUCACUGAGCUUCUCGGGUUUGCAGAAGAUCAUCUCUUACUGAAGGGGUUUUUUUCUAACUCAACACCAUUAUAGAGACUUUGUUGAACCUCCCAAGUCUAACCCCUGAAUCUGAGAGGCUGCCUGCCUUCCAGUGGGUCCUGUGUAGGAGCCACUUGACCUUCAACAGAACUGGUAAGAGGAGCUAGAAGGCUGAGUUCUCUAUGAGGGGCCGAGUUAGGUUAGGAGCUUCCUUGCUUAAACAGAACAAUUUCAGUCUUCCACUUGAUUCUUGUCACCUGUUUUUCUGCUACUUUGCAACAAGUCAGCAUUUUCCUCCCCAACUGACUGCCCGACUGCCCUCCUGCCCUCUCUCCCACUCUCCUAAGUGAAGGGAGAAUCUUUGAGCUCCUCAGAGCCGAGUGAGAUUGCAGUAACUCAGCCCUGUCAUGCAGGGCUAUUGACCCACGUUUAGGCGAUUGCUUAGAUGGAGCCAUUUUGACCCUGGGGAAUUUCAACAUGAGGAGUUCCUGCCUUCCACUCCUGAGAAGCAAAUUUGGAAGUUUUCCUGCCUUGACAUCUCUCACCGGAUUGAAAGGAUCCUAGACCUGUCGGAAUUAUGGGUUUGGAAUUGGGAGGGAAGGGAGCCAGUUUUCUUGUUGAAAGACCACACACUGCUGCUGUCUCAAGACCCUGCAACUCAGGAGUUCAGUAGUGGGGCAAGUGACUUUCCACCUCAGAGACCUUCUCCAGACCAUUUUGGACUUGCUGUGAGUCGGCAGCUGUGUACGUGAAAGUCAUUUUACAGUUCAAAGCAGUGUGUGUUUCUUAUUUUUAUAUUUUUAACUCUUUAUUCUUGGAUGUAUAAAGUGAAAUAUUUGGCUCUUGUAAGUAUACUCUAUGCAUCUCUAAUGUUUUAUCAUGUAUUUAUAUGUUGUACACAGUACUGGCCAAUUCUGUAAAUGGAUGUAUUGUACAUAGAACAUAAAGGUCUGUUCCCUUAUUUUCAGUCUUCAGCAGUAUUGCAUUCAAAUGGUGUUAGUUACUAAUUUACAUCUGUAGUCAGAGCCACUGUAUUCUGGUCCAUCCGAUGUGAGGGUGGGCUCAAGGAGGUAUUUCCUGUCAGAUCCGCCAGGCUCUCUCUCACAGAGGUAAUUGUGGGUAGGCUGACUGCAGGUGCAAUUUCAAGGUCAACCUGCCUACACCUUGCCGAACAAAUACAUUUUGCUCCUUUGCGCCUUCUUUUUAAAGGUCUAAAUUCUGCAGCCGUGGUUUUUUGCUGCCACAUACAUCGUAGCAGAUCUCCAGGAACAUUUACAAGGAGGCGCCCUUUGUCACGGACAGUAUUAAUUGCUGUGGGGCCCCCUCACAUGUUCCUCGGCAGCACGAGGAGUGUCCUCACGGGUUUGAAUUCAGUGUAGUGAGCUAACUGUAAGGGAGCCCAGUAAGCCUGAUCGUCUUGGAAAAUGUGGUCGCGUGGGUUGGUUUGGCCUGACUUUGGAUGGUAGAAUUGGGAAGAUAAGAGUAUAAUGUUGGUUUUCCUCCCCAGCCGAUUUUUAGUGAGUAGGCUCAUCUGUCAGUCUUCAUGCUCUGUCCCCUCUUCUUCCCUGUUCCUCCCUUUCUUGUAUCCUUUCUUGUUACAUACUUGACUCUCCUGUUUAAUUUUAAUUUCCCCAUGUGAGUGCUUCUGUAAGAAGUAUACAGUUUGUAUGGCAACAGUGCAUUUAAUUGAAUUGAGUCAGGAUCAUUCACUUGUCCCUCUCUGGCCUCUCCCCCUCCCUCAUCCACUUCUUCCCUUUAAAUUCAUUGUGGCAACUUUGUGAUAUGAAGUAUGAGAGAGAACAAAGUGGUGAUUUGAAAUGCGGUAUUGGCAAGUCGGUGACAAUUUCAAAAGCCUGUUUACCAAAGAUAGGGAGCAGAGAGCCCAAGCCCUUUUGAGCCUCUUCUUCCUUCUUCGCUGUGUCCUUUGGGGCCACUAUAGUGUACAGUUUGAAACUGGUCUGGCCUGCAGAGCUGUCCAGAGAAAGCACUGCUCUUGUAUGUCCCUUGUGGUAUUGGAAAAAAAUAAACUUUCUGUAAAAUCUG